GGCAUUCCACUGUCCUGCCCGAGCUAGUUGCUCCGGACCGGGAUCUGAUGUGAUCGGGGAUAAUCUGGGGUAUCUACGAUAAUAUUAAGUGCCAAUGGCUCCUCGCAAUCCACAUAUCUUAUCUUGUAAUGAAUGCAGGGCCCGGAAAUCGAAGUGUUCGAAGGAACGGCCGACAUGCGCAGAAUGCAGGUAUAACCAGAAGGAGUGUACUUAUGCACCGAAGGUCUCCCGAACCCCAUUGACUAGAGCCCACCUCACAGGUAUUGAAGAGCGAUUGGGUAUAUAUGAGACCGCCUUGGCGAGACUAUUUCCAACGGGGGAUGUGGAACGAAUUGUCCAUUCUCUGGUGGAGGACCAACGCGCUGAGAAUUUCCUGUUACCCUUAGACAACUUUUCUCCAGAUGAUCUGGGCGUGACUACAGCGCCAGUGGCUUCUCCCGACCAGUUCUUGUACUCUCUCCCAACAUCAGCCGACAAUGAGUUUUCUCAUGAAGUUAGUACAGUGUUUCAGGAACCAAGCCUAAAUUUGGCCCAGGGAGGUCGUUGCCAACCCCCCAACGAGGAAACAUACGUCGAUGCAUAUUUCAUGAACUACCAUCCAGGUCAUCCUGUCAUACACCAGCCAACAUUCAGAGCUGAGCUUAACGCCCGCGCGCUUAACCCUCCCAGCCUGGCGUGGCAGAUCCUGCACAAAGCGUUAAUGGCAAUGGGAGAGUGGACGCUAGGAAAUGUCCACUCCAAUACCGACCUGGAUCUCUACCAUCAAGCGAAAGAUCUUCUGCAGAAAGUCUCAUUAAUGGAGGCAGGAAACUUGACGCUCUUACAGGCGCUCUUGCUCUUGAGUGAUUUUGCACAAAAACAGGGCAUGCCUGACGCAGGGCUGCAGUAUCUCUCCGUUGCUGUGCGGAUGGCUAUUGGCCUCAGGCUUCACCGGGAGAGUCCGGAAUUGUACUCUACAGUUUUUGAAAGAGAAAUGAGACGGCGAGUAUGGUGGACCAUCUACAUUUUCGACAGCUGCGCUGCCAAAACCUUCGGCCUUCCUCUCCUGCUGCCAACCAACAGUGAAAUAAGCACUAGACAAGUGCUUAAUGUGCAUGAUGAGGACCUCGAUGCCACGACCCCUUCGUUACCUUCCGAGGUAAAUGGACCGACGUUGUAUUCCGGCUUAAUUGGCCAGUCCCGAUUCCACGCUAUGGCAAACGCUAUAUACCGCCGUCUAGUGGCAAAGCCGAACAUUUCUAUCACCGAAAUGCAAGAUAUGGAGAAGAUGAUUGAUGACUGCCGGGCCUCCCAUCCAUCUUAUUUAAUAGACGGGGAUUAUGCACCCCGGUCAGAGUGGUUGAGGUUCUCCGGUGACCGGCUCCAAAUUUGCGACAGAAACCUGCGGAUUAUACUGUGGCGACCGUAUCUCCUACAGUGGGUGAAAAUUAAUUGCAAAGAUGAAGGGUAUGAAAACAACGCGAAUGAUGUCUUUCGAGAAAACGGAUUACGGUGUCUAUAUGCUGCUCGAGAAUCCCUAGAUCUGGUCCGCAAGAGCAUCGAUAGCGGCGCGCAUUUACGACUGGCCGCAUCUUUCUUUUUGUAUUGUCUUUUCCAUAUCACGCUAGUAUUUGUGAUCUCCCUCCGGCUGGGCCGUGCUUUACCAGACUCCAACAGUCUUCUACAAGAUAUCAGAACCAUCAAGCAGCUUGUGUCACAGACAUGGCUCAUCAAAGACGCACAAGUAAACAACUUUAUCGACCUCAUCAACCGGCUUACUCUCCCGUUUGAUUCCCCGAUGGAAGCCGCCUUAACCGCCGGUAUCCCACUCGAAAUAUUCCCGGAUAAUGGUGAUAACUAG